UCAAACUGAUUUUAUGAUUUGCAGUUUUAUUCUUGUUGUCUGACGUGAGAUUUUCUUUCCUCUUUUCCUGUUUUGUUUGGCUGCGAUCUCUCCUCAGCAACUAUCAUUCCUUUGUUUCCGACCCUCUUUAUCAGCGUCCCUGCACUUCCCUUUCCCUAGCAGACGUAGCAGCGAGGAACUGGGUUCGAAAGAAAGACUGUGGGGUGAAUGAAACGGUCCCGUCUCCCUCUCUCUCCUACUGAAAGAUCAGCUUCGCGCCUGCAGACACAGCGGUUAGAGGUUAGAGAUGACAGAGCAAACGCACAGUGCGGGCUAGACUGAGGAGCUAAGUGACAAGAGGUCAAGGGAGAGACAGCAAGGCGGGAGACGAGGAGAAAGAAAACACAAAGUAAGACGGGAAAGAGAGUAAUUGAGAUAGAAGGGAAAAUACGGAGAGGUUGUGAAGGUGCUGGAGAAAGCGAAACGACGAGGAAGCAGAGAUUGCGGUGAUAGAAAAGGGGAAACACGGGAGAAAAGGGGAGGGAGAAAGAGCAAGGAAGAAACUGGGAGAGAAAGGAAGACUGCGAGAAAAGAAAUACGGAUAAGGGGAGAUACUUAAAGAAGAGAGAGGGAGGGAGGGAGGAAGGGAGAGGGAGAGGGGGGGGAGAGAGAGAGAGAGAGAGAGAGAGAGAGAGAGAGAGAGAGAGAGAAACGGGGGAAAAGGAGAGACGGGGAAGUAACAGUGCUGAAAGAAGAAAAAACACGGAGGAGAGAGAUAGGGAGAGAAAGAGGAAGAGAAGGGUGAGGUUUGAGAGAGAGAUGAGAGCCGGACAGAUUUAAGCCCCAGUUUCCCGGUUUGAAGUGACGUCCCACGAUAGGAUGAAUCGCUUCUUCGUCGGUAGCCUGGUCCUCCUGAUGGCUGCCGUGCAUCCGGCGACUUCCCACCCCCAGUGUCUGGACUUCAAGCCCCCCUUCCGACCCUCCAAGCCCCUAUCAUUCUGCACCAUGUAUUCCUCGUUCGGGUGCUGCGACUCUCGCCGGGACUCCGCCAUCUCUCGAAAGUACCGACAGAUCCUCAGAUACUUCCACUCCUCAGCGAUCCCCGUCUGUGCCGGAUACAUCCAGGAACUCCUGUGCCAGCGGUGCUCUCCGUUCGCCGCCCACCUGUACGACGCGGAGGACGCCAACACGCCGGUCCGCCAGCUGCCGGGCCUGUGCGCCGGCUACUGCACCGCCUUCUGGCGGCAGUGCCGCUCGGCCCUCAGCCUGCUGACCCAGGGCGGCGCGCAGGCGCAGGCGCUCGAGCCCGAGCCCGACCGGGACGCCUUCUGCGGCCUCCUCGAGCUGCGCGACCCCGAGUACUGCUACCCGAACGUGCUGCGGAGCGCGCGGCCCGGCGCCGCGCUGGGGGACGCGCGCACGGACUCGAGCGGCUGCCUGCAGCUGUGCCUGCGCGAGGUGGCCAACGGGCUGCGGAACCCGGUCGCCAUGGCGACCGCCGGCGACGGGACCCACCGCCUGUUCGUGGCCGAGCAGCUGGGCCUGGUGUGGGCCUACCUGCCGGACGGCUCCCGCCUCGGCCGGCCCUUCCUCAACCUGACCGAGGCCGUGCUCACCUCGCCGUGGCUGGGCGACGAGCGCGGCUUCCUGGGUCUCGCCUUCCAUCCCGACUUCAGGCGCAACGGCAAGGUCUACGUCUACUACUCGGUGUACGCCCGCAAAGAGGAGAGGAUCCGCAUCGGAGAGUUCCGCCUGCUGCCUGACAACAUGAACGCGCUAGACCCCACGUCGGAGAGGGUGAUCCUGGAGGUGGUGGAACCUGCUUCAAAUCACAAUGGGGGGCAGCUCCUCUUUGGAGACGAUGGGUACUUGUACAUCUUCACCGGCGACGGGGGAGGAUCUGGGGAUCCCUUCGGACUGUUUGGAAAUUCUCAGAAUAAGUCAUCAUUACUGGGCAAAGUGCUGAGGAUCGACGUGAACCACAACGAUCACGGACCCCCAUAUCGCAUCCCCCCAGAUAACCCGUUCGUGGGGGAACGGGCAGCAAGGCCUGAAGUCUACGCCUACGGGGUACGGAACAUGUGGCGUUGUUCGGUGGACCGCGGUGACCCAGUGACCGGCGCCGGGAAGAGCCGACUGUUCUGUGGUGACGUGGGCCAGAACAAAUACGAGGAGGUGGACAUUAUCCAGAAGGGAGGCAACUACGGUUGGCGGGCCAAGGAAGGCUUCUCCUGCUAUGACAAGAAACUUUGUGCCAACUCCUCCCUCAAUGAUGUCCUACCAAUUUUCGCCUAUCCUCACAAGUUGGGCAAAUCAGUGACAGGUGGUUAUGUCUACAGAGGCUGUGAGAUGCCCAACCUCAAUGGGCUUUACAUCUUCGGAGACUUCAUGAGCGGGCGUCUCAUGGCUCUCAAGGAGGAUGCUGGUUCUGGGAGGUGGCAAUAUCAGGAGAUUUGUAUGGGCAGUGCCAAAGUCUGCAACUUCCCUAAGCUCAUCAAUAACUACUAUCAGUACAUCAUCUCAUUUGCUGAAGAUGAGGCAGGUGAACUUUACUUCAUGUCUACUGGAAACCCCAGUGCUUAUGCACCUGCAGGGACACUGUACAAACUAGUUGACCCUUCCCGCCGUGCACCGCCAGGGAAAUGUCACUUCAAACCUACGCCUGUGAUUGUGAAGGGGAAGCUGAUUCAUUUUCGUCCAAAGCAGAAGCUCAUUGAUGACUCCGCUGUCACCCCAGUGCCUCCGAGUGCAACCUCUCUCAACCACACGCUGACCCCUUCCCGUGCUCCAAAACAGAGAUCAAGAGCAACGUCGACCCCGAGGGUGAGGACCUGGCGCACGACUCCUGCCCCCCACCUGGCCAUUCCGACUCGGCGCAGGCCGACCGCGGCCACGCCAAGGACCACUACAUCUGGACCAGCCACCAGCAGUAGAUUGGCUGAACGGCCAGCCAAGCCCAAGGGAGGAGGCAGGCGAAAGGGCCGGCUGCCAAAGAAGAAACGCACCAAGAUACGGGAAGGCGCAGUGCGCUUAGCAGGGGCAGGGGGGUCUCGCGGGCGAGGCAGGGUGGAGGUCCGCUUGGCUGGCAAGUGGGGCACGGUAUGUGAUGACUCAUGGGACUCACGGGCAGCGAAGGUGGUGUGUCGGCAGCUGGGCUACCCCGGUGCACUCCGUGCCACGCGAAAGGCCGAGUUUGGCCCCGGCAUUUCCCUGCGCAUUCUCCUGGAUGAUGUGCGGUGUGUGGGCACUGAGAGGAGUCUCCUACAGUGUCGGCAUUCGCCCAUCGGGAAGCACAAUUGUUCCCACGACGAGGACGCUGGUGUCGUCUGCAACCUCAGGGGCCAGUAAACAUUUCAGGGUCUUCUCAUCCACCGCAUCUAAUUAACUUGUCAGUCAGGCCCUUCAGCCCACCUAGUUCCUGUUGACCAAAUCCAGCAUUAGAAUAGUUCAGUGCUGCUAGAAACCCUGUAGAAUUUUCUCUAUUUCUGUAUAAGUAUGAUCAGAUCUUCACACAAGUCCUAAAACUAGAUAAAGAGAACCCAAUUAAACAAGUAAUGCAAAAUAUAGUUGUUCCUAUAUUUAUUGAGAAAAUGAUCUAAUAUUGCAUGUAUUUGAUGGAUAAAGUAUGUGAACCUCUGGGGUAAUGCCUUCUACAAAAGCGAUUUGGAGUCAGGUGCUCCAAUCAAUGAAGUGAGAUUGGAGGUGUGGGUUGGAGAGGUGCCCUGCUCUAUAAAAAAGACACACAAAGUCAGGUUACUGACAGAGCCUGCUCUUCUCAAGAAAGAUCUGUUUACGUGCUCCAUGCCUCGAUCAAAACAACUUUCAAAGGACCUUAGAAGAAGAAUUGUGGAGACGUAUGAAGCUGGAAAAGGCUACAGAAGCAUUUCUAAAGACCCGAGUGUUCACCUGUCCAGAGUAAGAGAAAUUGUCUACAAAUGGAGGAAACUCACCACUGCUUCUACUCUCCUUUUUUUUCAUUACAAAAUCCUUUAUUACAAAUAUCAGUGCUAUACAAUAUAUACAAAACAGUGGCAAACACAAUUACUGCACUACAAAUAGACAAUAGACAUUACACCAGAAUGUUGCCAUCUCUAUCCACAAUGGCAUUUACACCCCGCGGAGCCCAACGGUCUCGAAACUCCUCUAAGGCCGCUGUGGACCCUUAGGAGUGGGCGUCCUGCAAAGGUCACACCAACAGCACACUGUGCAAUGCUGAAGGGGGUGGAAAAGAAUGCAAGGGUAACAGCAAAAGAUCUGCAGAAAUCUCUAGAAAUUGCUGAAAUCUCUGUUCAUGUGUCCACUAUAAGAAAAACACUAAACAAGAAUGGGUUUAUGAAAGGACACCAUGGAGGAAACCACUGCUCUCCAAAAAUAACAUUGCUGCUUGUCACAAGUUUGUAAAAGACCACCUGGAUGUUCUGCAACACGUCUGGGACAAUGUUCUGUGGACAGAUGAGACAAAAGUUGAACUUUUUGAUAGGAUUACACAUUGCUAUGUUUGAUGGAAAAAAGGCACUGCACACCAACACCAAAACGUCGUCCCAACUGUGAAGCGUGGUGGAAGGAGCAUCAUGGUUUGGGGCCGCUUUGCUGCGGCAGGGCCUGGACAGCUUGCAGUCAUUGAGGGAAUAAUGAAUUCAAAAUUCUAUCAAGUCAAUUUACAGGAGAAUAUCAGGGUAGCAGUACGUCGCCUGAAGCUUAAUGGAAGUGGAUAAUGCAACAAGCCAGUGAUCUGAAAGACGAGAGUAAAUCAAUAACAGAAAGGAUUAAACAAAAGAAAAUUCUUGUUUUGAAAUGGUCGAGUCAAAGUCCUGACCUUAAUAUGUGGAAGGACCUGAUGCAAGCAGUUCAUGCAAGGAAGCUUGUCAAUAUCCCAGAGUUGAAGAAGUUUUGUAAGGAGGAAUGGCCAAAAUCCCCUCCAAGCUGAUGUGCAGGUCUAGUCAACAGUUACCAGAAACAUUUGGUUGAAGUUAUUGCUGUACAAAGGAGUCACACUAGUUACUGAAUGCAAAGGUUCACAUUUUUUCCCCAACAAAUACGUGUAAUAGUGGAUCAUUUUUUCUCAAUAAAUAGAUGAGCAACUAUAAUGUUUUUUGUGUUAUUUAUUUAAUUGGGUCCUCUUCAUCUAGUUUUAGGACGUGUGGAAAAGCUGAACACGUUUUAUGUCAUAUUUAUGCAGAAAUAGAGAAAAUUCUACAGGGUUCACAAACCUUAUAGCACCACUGUAUACUAAACUAGUAAUUAAAUGCCUAACUAGACUAAUCCCUUCUCCCUGCACAACAUACAUGAAAUGCUGGAGGAAUUCAGCAAGUCAUUAGCAUCUAUGGAGAGGAAUAAACAAUCAGUGUUUUGGUCUGAAACCCUUCAGAACUGAAAAAUAACAGGGCAGUUAUUUCUCUCCAUAGAUUCUGCCUGACCUGCUGAGUUCCUCUGGCCUUUUGUGUGUGUUGCUGCAGAUUUCCAGCAUCUGCAGAAUCUCUUCUGUAUGUGGCCUUCUGCUUGCCUGUUAAAUUCCUCUAUCAUAUUUGCCUCCAUUACCACACCUGGCAGCAGUCAAAGCAUCCACCACUCUCCAUAAAAUAAACACUCGCCCCGCACUCCUUUGGUUAACCUAUUCCCUCCUAGACAUAUACCAUCUAGUAUUUGGACCUGGGGAAAAGAUACCAGUUGUCUUUCAGCCUUUCAUAAUUUUAGUAACCUCCCUUCAACCUCUGCUGCUUCAGAGAAAACAACCCAGGUUAGUCCAACCUCUCCUUAUAGCACUUACCUUAUAAAUCCUGGUGAACCUCUUCUGCACCUUCUCCAAAGCCUCCAUGUCUUUUCUCUCAUGCAGUGACCAGGACUGGAUACAGUACUGCAGUUUUAGGCUACAUCUAGAGUACUGCAUUCACUUCUGAGUUCAAUCCCAUUUCAUUUCCCUCAAGCUCCCCUCCAGACUACACCACUCAGCUACAAGGCAAGGAACUCUCACAGCUUUAUCUCAGAGUGGUAAAUCCAGUGGUGGUGGAGGCUGGAUCAAUGGUACGUGGGCAGGAAAUGAGUGAAAUGCAAUCAACGGACUACCUUAACUCAGCAUCUUUGUCAGCAUAGGCCAGCUGAGCCGAAAGACCUGUUUCUGUGAUGGAUUCAUGAAAUGGAGAUAGAUAAAUAUCAGAAUCAAAUGGUUUUUUAUCAUUCUCUUACAUGUUUAUAAUGAUUAAAGAUAAUAAUUAGCUGUA